UUGACUUUCUGCAGGUGUCGGUCAGGUUUCACAGAACCAGAUAGAGGUCCCUCACCUACGGUAUAAAUACGAGCCCGUUUUUUAGCACAAUAUUUGGCUCAAACUGCAUAAAGUCAUGAAGUGGUUGGUGAUUUUCGCUUUCGUGGUAGCUACUGCCUGUGGAUGUGGUCUUCCCACUUUCCCUCCUGUGCUGAGCAGAGUGGUGGCAGGAGACGAUGCGCGGCCUCACAGCUGGCCCUGGCAGGUGUCGCUCCAGUCAGACAGCAGUGGGCGCUGGAUGCACGUCUGUGGAGGCAGCCUCAUCUCCCCUCACUGGGUCCUCACUGCUGCUCACUGUAUCAAUGACCGCUACAACUACAGAGUGGAGCUGGGGAAACACAGCCUGGCGGCGAGCGAUGAAGGCUCGAUAGCUCUGAGUGCAGCUGAGGUCAUCACUCAUGAGGACUACAACAUCCUGCUCAGCCGCAACGACAUUGCCCUGAUCAAGUUGCCUUCCCCUGUCACCUUCUCUGACACAAUCAUGUCAGCCUGCCUCCCAGACCCGGGCGUCACCCUGCCCCACGGUUCUCCCUGCUACGUCACCGGCUGGGGUCGACUCUCCACCGACGGUCCGCUCGCCGACGUCCUGCAGCAAGUUCUCCUGCCAGUCGUCGGCCAUGACAUCUGCUCGCAGCCUGACUGGUGGAGCGUAUUGGCAACAGACAAGAUGGUCUGCGCUGGCGGAGACGGCAUCACUGCAGGCUGUAAUGGAGACUCUGGUGGUCCCCUGAGUUGCCAGAACCCUGAUGGCUCGUGGGACGUCCAUGGCGUGGUGAGCUUCGGCUCGGGUCAGGGCUGCAACGUCAUCCAGAAGCCCACCGUCUUUACACGAGUCAGCUCCUACAUCAACUGGAUCAACACAGUUAUGACCAACCACUGAAGAAACGAUCCAAGUGGUGUUUGUUUUGUCCAGCAAUAAGAACAAUGAUCUGCAAUGCGUUGUCUUAGUUUUACUGCAACAUGUAGAGGCUGUUUAUCAGUGCUGAGAACGCGUAGUCCAAGUACUGUCCAUGCACGUACAGUCGGGCCUCAUCAACUAGACAUCAUCCAGACAUCUGUCUCAACUUCAGCUUUGAACACAGAGGCUGCAUAUUAGCCAGGAGCAAACAAAACUGGAAGUUACAUGGAUAUUUCGAUGUUCAAUGGAAUGUGGCGUAUGAGUCAGCCUGGAAUUAAUUUCCCAUCUUUUCAAUAAUCAUGGCAAAAUACACUUUUCAUACACAGGGAUAAUUAACAAAUACUUCCUUUUAUUUCUCACAAAAUAUUCAUGAGAUAAAUUUGUUUUUGCUCAACAUGAUUUUCCACAAACAAAUGAGAAUCAUAGAAAAGUAUAUUUUCACAGCACAUAUAAAAUAUAUUUUUAAACGAUAAAAAAAAAGGAACAAUAAAUGAAACGGACAACAAA